AUGAUUGGUGAGACGCGAGCCAUGCUUGCUGAUAUUGUGGUCUGUAACUCCUCCCCGAGCUCCCCGUCUUGCUCUCUAUCAUUGGCUGUCGGUCAUCACCGAUGUAGUUUUCAGUUAGAACACUUUUCAUGCUUUUAGAACACAGCAUGAUUUUGAAUCGCCGACAGGUCUCGGUCUAGCAUGCCAAACUCGGCUUUACACGCCCAUGCACUGCGUGUGUUAACAUGUCCACACACGUGGAGCUGAUCGAGGAAGUGUGAGUGUUAGUACUGGCUUCAGGUGUGUUUUUCGUCAGUAUUAAAGAGUACCUCUUUCACAGGAAGGUUUGUACUGAUGCUCUUCAACCAAGCACAUUAUUGAAGUGUCAGACAGUUGUCCAUAAGGAGGACGAAGUGAUGCAGUAUUGAAGAAGUUAACUAUGGCUCCACAUCCUGUCACUCAGGCCAUCAUUGAUCUGUCCGCUGGAGCAUGUGGUGGGAUUGCAUGUGUGCUAAGCGGGCAGCCCUUUGAUACAGCCAAGGUGAAGAUGCAGACUUUCCCAAGCUUGUACAGAGGCUUUGUCCACUGCUUCGUCUCGGUCUAUAAACAGGUUGGACUGCGAGGGCUCUAUCAGGGCACCACACCUGCCCUCAUUGCCAACAUUGCUGAAAAUGCUGUGCUCUUCAUGAGCUACGGCUUCUGCCAAAAUGUUGUGCGCUUUGUUUUAGGACUGGACCAAUGCACAGAACUCAGUGAUGUUCAGAAGGCCUGCUCAGGCUCUGUUGCGUCAAUCUUCUCCUCUCUGGCUUCAUGCCCCACUGAACUGGUUAAAUGUCGGCUGCAGGCCAUGCAUGAAAUGGAGGCAUCCGGCAAGAUCGCCAGUGGACAGAAAAGCACGGUGUGGUCUGUUGUGAAAAAUGUGUUACGGACAAACGGACCUCUGGGCUUCUAUCAGGGUCUCACCACCACUAUAGUCCGUGAGAUACCUGGAUACUUCUGUUUCUUUGGAGGAUAUGAGCUCAGCCGCUCAAUGUUUGCCCAACACAUGGGAAGAGACAAAGAGCACAUAGGUGUUGUGCCCUUGAUGAUCAGUGGUGGUUUUGGCGGUGCCUGUCUGUGGUUGGUUGUGUACCCCAUAGACUGUGUGAAGUCUCGCAUCCAGGUUCUGUCUUUAGCAGGGAAACAGGAAGGCUUCCUCAAGACUCUUAUGGGGAUUUUACGAAAUGAGGGAGUGGCUCCACUGUAUUCCGGUUUGACCUCUACUAUGAUCCGAACAUUUCCUGCCAAUGGAGCUCUCUUUUUAGCCUAUGAAGUCAGUCGCAAGAUAAUGAUGCAACAGUUUGCCCUCUAGUGCAUUUGGUUGCGUUUUGGAACAUCCUUAGUGAUGUCUUGGUAUACAUAUCUGAACAACUUUAAAGGCUAAAAAGGCCUGUGUUUGACAAAUAUGUGAACAAACAAUAUUGUAUUUUACUGUAUUUUAAUGUUUUUGAUGUUUUAUAAAAUUAACUCUCUAUGCUGCAACCUCUUAGACUUUAACUACACAAAUACAACCACUUUACAAAAAUGAUUAAAUAUUUAGUAAAUAUUAAAGAUUAAAAAUUGUUUAUUUAGAAAUUAAAUAUUAAUUUAAGCGUUUUAUCAAAUAUUUGGAAUUAUUUACAAAUACUAUUGAUAUUAAAUUAAUAUUUAUGUUGUAUUAAAGAACUACAAAUACUACCAUGUUAAGGAUAAUUAUUUAUUUUUAUAUUUGUUUAUUAACACAUUCAUUUAUAUUAUCGUAUUUGUUUUUAUUUCCUAUUAUUAGUUAUUUAUUUUUAAUUUCUGCACAUUUGUAACUCCAUAGAAUGCUGCUCCUUUCCAAACAAUGGCAGUUCACACUGACCAAACUGAUUAACUUUCAAAGGGACAAAAACAUGUUAAACAUAUCACAAAGUAGU